AUGAAUUUGAGGCACUUAGUUUCUAGGCAAGCUGUAACCAAUGCGUCAAAAAUCAGUGCAAGGUUGCGAUAUGCCUACGGUUUCACAACCAUGGCAGCAGACCCGGUACCUCUUUCAUUUCAUUCCCCAAGUCAGGAUGGCUCUAAACCUCUGAAAAACCCUAAAUGCCCCAAACCCAUUUCUUCAUUUAAUAGAUAUAUUCACUCUGCUCAAGCUCAAGCGGGUGACCCUAAAAUUGAUUCUGAGGUUUCAGAUGAGGAGGAAGAUGGAGUCAUUAACGAGUUCUUGUCUCGAUUUGUAUGGAUCAUACGCCAGAAGCUCAAUGAAGCUUACCCAGAUUGCGAUAAAGAAACCAUUGAUGGAAUGCUCAUGAUUAUUGUCCAGAAAGUUGUUUCAGAGAUGGAAAAGGGCGGGAUUGAGCAGGUACUUAGUGAAUCGCAGUCCACUCCAUCGCAGGAUUUUAGUGAGGAUUUGUGGAAGACUGUGUGGGAGGUGAGCAAUAUGGUUUUGGGGGACAUGAAGAAGGAAGUCAAGAAGGAAAAAAUGAAGGGGUUUCUGCAAGAAGAAGAAGUUAAGGAGAUGUGUAGAUUUGCUGGUGAAGUUGGUAUUCGAGGGGAUAUGCUUAGAGAGCUCAGGUUCAAGUGGGCUCGCGAGAAGAUGGAGGAAACUGAGUUUUAUCAGAGCUUGGAGCGUCUUAGAGAAGAGGACAGAAAAUCCCAAGAAGAAGGGGAGGCAGCAGAGGGAAUGCAAGCUGAAACCACAGUGGAAGAGGAGAAGUCUAAGGUUGUUUCUCUCCCCAAGAGGCGAGGGAAGAUAAGAUAUAACAUUUAUGGUCUUGAUCUAUCUGACUCCAAGUGGGUAGAUGUGGCUGAUAAAAUUCAUGAGGCAGAGGAAAUUAUUUGGCCCCAGGAACCAAAACCCAUAACUGGGAAAUGCAAAUUGGUUACGGAGAGAAUUAUUCAAUCAACUGUGGCAGAUGACCUGUCUCCACUUUUGGCUGAAUGGGUAGAACUGCUUCAACCUAGUAAGAUUGAUUGGCUCAAUUUUCUUGAUAGAUUGAGAAAGCAGAACACUGGCUUAUGCUUUAAGGUGGCAGAACUUGUAUUGAAUGAGAAAUCCUUCCAGGCGAACAUCCGUGACUACUCUAUGCUUUUCGAUGCCCAUGCCAAACAGAACCACCUAGAAGAUGCUGAGAGAAUUUUGAAGAAGAUGAAUGAAAAUGGUAUCCAACCUGAUAUCUUAACGGCUACUAGUUUGGUACACAUGUACAGCAAGGUAGGCAAUCUUGACGGUGCCAAAAAAGCAUUUGAAAGUUUGAGGGGCCAGGGCUUCAAACCAGACAUUAAGGUGUACAAUUCGAUGAUCAUGGCAUAUGUAAAUGCUGGCCAACCCAAAUUGGCUGAGUCGUUGAUGAGAGAGAUGGAAGCAAGAGACAUCAAACCCACAAAAGAAAUUUUCAUGGCAUUACUUCGGUCAUUUUCACAAAGUGGUGAUAUUGGCGGAGCUGGAAGAAUUGCCAACAUUAUGCAGUUUGCAGGGUUCCAGCCAACAUUGGAGUCUUGUACAUUGCUUGUUGAGGCAUAUGGGAAGGCUGGUGACCCUGAUCAUGCAAGGAGCAACUUUGAUUACAUGAUGAAACUUGAAAAGGAUGGAUUUGAGCCUGGAGUUGCCACUUACUCUGUUCUUAUAGAUUGGCUGGGUAAAUUGCAGCUAGUUGAUGAGGCUGAGCAACUUUUGGGAAAAAUUGCCGAGCAGGGUGAGACUCCUCCACUUAAAGUUCAUGUAAGCCUUUUUGAAAUGUAUGCUAAGGCUGGAGUUGAGAAAAAGGCCCUACAAGCUCUGGGAGUAUUGGAAGCUAAGAAGGAGCAAUUGGGUUCAGGUGAGUUUGAGAGGAUUAUAAAUGGGCUUAUAAAUGGUGGGUUUAAGCAGGAUGCUCAUAGGUUUCAUGGGCUGAUGGAGGCCCGUGGUUUUGUUGCGUCCUAUUCUCUUAAUUUGGCCCUAGCGGCAUCUCGAUUGAAGCAUUCGGGCACAAGAGGCCCUUAA